AUGCCGUCUCUUUUAUUUUCCACCAAAUCGUUCUUUCGCAUGAAUGAAAAGCAACAACCGUCGUUGCAAGUGUCCAGGCACACCACCGAGUUGGAAAACCAACUGAAACAAGGUUCCAUUGCUGCAGCGAUUCGGUUAGCUGCGUUGGCUGAGCCGAAGCAUUUACUUUCAACCGUCACUGGGCCCAGUUGUCAACAAUGCGAUACGUCAGCUGGCUACUAUUUGACUGCAUUGCGUCUCGUGCAGCAACAGGACUCGGUUCGUUACGACGGCGAUAUGCUGGAAUUGGUUUGGUUUAGUACUCAGGCGGUGUUGGAACAUGGCGCAUUGACCCAUCCUUGGUUCGAUCUGUACGAUGAAUUACGUGAAUUAUCCAAGACCUUGAAAGAAGACGAUCAUCCUUUGACGGCUUUCAGUGAAGGAUACCGUCAAGCCAUUCAAAUCCAUCUGUACAACUGUCGCGCUCGUGUUCAGCAUAAUUUGGGGGAAUAUGAUAAGGCUAUUUCGUACUAUCGCAAGUGUGUUAGCAUUCCGUCCACCACCACGUUUAAUCGGGAAC